GACGAGUUGAUCAAAAUGGCGGAUAUAGUGCAAGUGAUCAACGGGGAGGGCCAGUUCGAGCAGGACUCGGUCCAGCAGUUUGUCGCAGCAAAUGAGCUCGCGCACUGCAAAACCAAUUACCAGGUCGUCGCCAUCAUGGGGCCGCAGAGCUCGGGCAAGAGCACGCUGCUCAAUCAUGUGUUUGGCACCUCUUUCACGAUGAUGGACGCGCUGGCUGGCCGUGGCCAGACGACCAAGGGCAUCUGGUUGUCUAAGUCGCCAAAGGUCACGGACACCACCGUGCUGGUAAUGGACCUAGAAGGCAGUGAUGGCCGCGAGCGCGGCGAAGACGACACCAAUUUCGAGCGACAAAGCGCACUGUUUGCCUUAGCCGUGGCGGAUGUGCUGCUUGUCAACAUUUGGUGUCACGACGUAGGCCGCGAGCUUGCAUCUGGGAAGCCCCUUUUGAAAACCAUUUUUCAGGUCAACCUGAAGUUGUUUGCCCCCGAGCCCGACCGCAAGCGCUCCGUGCUGCUGUUUGUGAUCCGCGACAAGACCAAGACGCCGCUGCCCAAGCUGGUGGAGGUGCUGCAGGCGGAUCUGGAGCGCAUGUGGGAGGGCAUUGCCAAGCCGGCAGCGUACCAGGAGUCCAAGCUAACGGACUUUUUCGAGGUCCAGUACGCCGCUCUGUCACACUUUGAGGAGCGGUACGAGGACUUUGUGGCGGACUCGGUGCACCUGCGGAGGAGGUUUUCACCGGAGGCCGACGACUCGCUGGUUCGCGGCGACGAGAAGCUGCCGGGCGACUCGUUCGCGCUGAGCAUCCGCAACAUCUGGGAGGUCAUCCGGGCGCAGAAGGACCUCAACCUGCCCGCACACAAGGUGAUGGUUGCCAACGUGCGGUGCGCGGAGAUCGCGGAGGACCAGCUGCGUGCAUUUGAGGCGGACCAGGCCUGGCGGGCGCUGAGGGAGGCGGCGGCGGAGGGGAUUGUGGAGGGAUUUGGAGCCCGGGCCAGCAGCCUAGCAGACAGCUGCAUCAGGGGCUACGAGGCCGAGGCGCUCUACUUUGACCCCUCUGUCCGCUCCUCCAAGCUCUCCGAGCUGCAGGUGCGGCUGCAUGCGCUGCUGCAACCGCCCUACCAGCAGCAGGUGGCGGCGCAGCAGGCGGCGGUGCUGGCGGCCUUUGAGAGGGACGUCAAGCUGGCGCUAGUGGAGGCGAUUGCCGGGGGGCCGGGAGACGGCAAGGGGGGAAGCGGAGGAGAGGGAGCAGGAGGAGCAGCGAAGGGGUUUAUGGCGGCGGCUGCGGUGUGUAGGGAGCGGGCGGUGGCGGCGUUCACUGCCGCGUUUGGAAAGCACCUGCGGAUUGAGGUCGCCCCCUGGGACGGCUCUGCCGAGCUGGCGGCCCUGUGUGAGGCGCUGGACGCGCACCUGACCCGAGUGCGGGGCGAGCACAUGUCGCAGGCGGUGACGCGUGUGGAGAAGCAGCUGGGGGCGCUGCUGAGCGGCCCCGUGAUGGGGCUGCUGGAGGUGUGUGCGCCCGGCAUGUGGGGGCGGCUGCACGGGGUGUGCAGGGAGGCGGCGACGGCGGCGGAGAGGAACCUCAUGCAGGCUCUGGAGGGGUUUGACCUGAGCGGGUCCGAGUCCGAGUCGCUGUCCGAGCGCCUGCGGGCCCGGGCUCGCAGCAGCAUGGAGGGGCACGUGCGGGAGGCGGCGCUCACACGACUCAGCAGGAUGAAGGACAGGUUCCAGGAGGUGUUCUCGCUGGACGAGAACCGCGCACCCCGCAUGUGGGGGCCGCGGGACGACAUACCCGCCAUUGCGCAGCAGGCGCGGGUGGCGGCGGCGAGUGUGCUGUCGCAGCUGGCGGUGAUGCGCCCGCCGCCCGAGGAGGGGAGGCAGGGGCAGGCCGACCUGGUGGAGGCUGCCGUCAUGCAGCUGGCCCGCACCUCACCUGCCCCCGCCUCCACCUCCACCUCCCACCAGCACGACUCGGCAGACAGCGACCGCUGCUCCUCCUCCGCCUCCGCCUCCACCGCCGCCGGCUGGUCCUCCGCCUCCAUCGCCGCCACCCCCGGGGGCAUGCCGGUGGACAUGCUGAGUGCGGCCGCAUGGCCGGGGGUGGAGGAGUCAUGUGUGCUGCUGCACCCGCACGACGUCCGUACGACAUGGCGGGAGUUCCUGUCGUACAGUAACGUACUGGUGCAGCAGGCGCAGUCGGCCCAGCAGUCGAACCGGCUGGCUAGCAACCGCAUGCCUCCGCUGUGGGCGAUUGGCAUGAUGUUGGUGUUGGGGUGGAACGAGGCCAUGAUGCUGAUCUUCAACCCCAUCUACCUGCUGCUGGGGGCGCUGGGCUUCCUGUUCCUGCGCAGCCUGUACACGGAGCUGGAUGUGGAGCGGGAGAUGUCGAGUGGUGCGCUGCCGGGGGCCAUAUCGCUGGCGAACAAGUUUGCACCGGCGUGCAGAGAGGUGGUGCGCAAGCCGACUGCCGCCUUCCAGGACUUCUUCCAGAGUCUGACGGGGCGGGAUCAGGAGCGGCGGGCAGCGGCGUACGUGCAGCAUGCAGAGGGGCAGUCGCAGCACACCCCCCUCCACACGCCGGAGGGACUCACCAGGCGCCCGGUGACAGAUGCUCCGGACUCCGCCUCCCGGGAGUUGACCGACCUCCGGCGGCAGGAGGGCAAGAAGGACCUGUAGACGGGGCAGCACCCUACGAGCGCUGCGAGGGGCGGAGGCGGGCGGUGUCACCUGUGCUGGAGAGGGACAGGGGGGGCUGGGGAGGAGUGUUGUGAUGGCUCCGGGGCCGCCAGGCAGAUACCGCAUGCGAUGUUCCAAAUAGGCAGCUGAGCCGUUGGGGCCGGUGGGUGGUGGCAGCAGGUUGGGGUCCUAGACGUUUAGGGGGAGUGAGAUGCGUGUGUUUGUGGGGAUGGUUGUAUCAGGUAGUAUGGUGGAGGUGGAUGUGCAGCAGGUUUGCGUUUGCUGUUGUAUUGUAUCAUAGGGUCGACACCCGUUGCUUGAGCGCUUUAACGUGCUCCAUGUUUCGGAGGUGUUGCGGAGGUGUGUACGAAAGCACUGUAACGCAGGAAGCAGUCUCGAAGUUGGUCGCUGGGAGCCUGAGACAGCUCAUGUUGCAUGUUUGCACGGCAGCUGAGGUGUGGUGUAAUGCAAGGACUGGACUAGCAGUGGGGCCUGGUAUUGGUUUUUAG